CCAAAAAUACCACAUUUUAGAAACACGGCCACACUGCAAAACAGCAACAAACACUUGAGAUAAAAUAUUUGUAUUUAAAUUUAAAUUAAAUAGUUAAUAUUCUAUUGAAUAAAAAGAUAGAGAAGCUGUCAUUGGGCAGCUUUCUUGCGACAACAGGCUGUACUAGAUCCGGAUCUGUGUUUAUAAUCGCCAGGGCCAGCGAAAUUCCUCAGCGCUCUGUUCCUUGAGGGUUCACAUGGGACAAUGAGGGGGAUCUGCUGGGAAUCAGAAUCAUCAACAGCGGCUAUGGACUAUGCCACGCAGGAGAACAUCAGCAUUGAAGCUAGACACAGAAUCUUCUUGCGUUUGGAUCGGAGGAGAUAGUCUUUAUUUUAUAUUAGACGCUUUAAUUACGGAAGCUGUCAGCGCUGGUGCCGGUCGUAGUAACGCUCCUCUGUGCAUUUAAACUCGAAUGAACCAAUGGCGCGCACAGCCAUAGCAACCAGUGCAGUGAGCGCAGUGCAAUGUAUGCCGAGGCAUCCGAUGCAAAAUAGUUGAUUCGCGGCGUCGAGAAGGGAAUGCCCAGAUAGCCCAGCUCCACAUUCGCAUAAUUAUGAACAGACUUACACUAGUAUGCCGCGGCUUUGUAGUGCUGACUCUGCUGCUGAUAUUCUUCAACGAGUUUCUCAUCUACUACAUGGCCCAAUCGAGCUGGCACCAAAUCGAUUGCAAACUGGAUAAUUGCACACGCCUGCUGCUCAUCUCAGACCCGCAGAUCUUAGGCACCUCCUAUGAUCGCUCGUCCCACAGCCCGCUGGCUCGCUACGACUCGGAUAGAUAUCUGAAAAAGACCUUUGAACGCGCCGUGGCCUUUACCCAGCCGCACAUAAUCGUGUUUCUGGGGGAUUUGCUAGACGAAGGCAACAUUGCCACGGCGCAGGAGUAUAAGCAAUAUGUAAAGCGCUUUCGGCGCAUCUAUCAGAGCAAGAAAUUCCGUAAAUUCCGCAUGAUAUCUGCCUAUUUUCAGCGCGUCCAUGUGCCGGGGGAUAAUGACAUAGGCGGCGAGAAUGGCGACUACAUUUCCAACUCUAACCAGCGACGCUUCGAGAACGAGUUCAUGAGUGAGGACCUCUUCGACUACGACCAUCGCAUCCGCUUCUUUAAGAUCAACCGCAUGCUGUUGGACUUUACAAAUCCCGACAGGGACCAUAAUGCCGACCGGCUCCGUAUUGGGGUCUCGCACGCUCCUCUGCUUAUUGGCGGUGGACCGCUGCUGCGGGCCGUCAUCAGCGACUUGGAUCCACAUAUCAUAUUCUCUGGCCAUUGGCACGAGUCCAGGAUAUUUAUUUACCCCUCCACGAAGGUGAUCAACUUCUAUGAGAAUGCAGUGCGGCAUUUUGAUUUGAAGGCGCUGAAGGAGCAGGAGCACAGCUAUUUGGAGAUUAUGGUGCCCACCUGCUCGUAUCGCAUGGGAAAGUCCAAGAUUGGCAUGGGCUAUGCUGUGCUGGAGAACUACAAUCUAAGCUACACGGUUCUGUGGCAACCCAACCGUUUUAUUCUGCUCUUCACCUACGUCUUCUGGGGCCUGUUCGUGCUCUGCGGGGCGAUUGUCUACAAAAUGAUGACCCGCUGUCCCUUCCGUGUCGCCAAACGACAGACGCACUAUAGCCGCGUCUCCAAUAUACCUCAAUUUUAGACUGUAUCUUCCUCUCCCUCCCGCCCCUUGAGGCCAACAAACUGGAGAUUCUCAACGAAAGUAGCUCGAUUAAUUAAAGAGAUUGCAAUGAUAUAUAAUGCUAAGUAGAUUAUUCCAAUAGUUACUUAUAAAUUGUUAGCAAAAGUGAUGAUUUUUUAUGUUUAUAAACUUAGGAAAUAAAAUGUAUCGCUGUCCUCCGA